CUUUCGUAUAUUACCUGUUUCGUACUUUCGUUCUACUGUAACUACUUUAACUAACGCCUAGCUUCCUUCUGUAUCUUCUUCUAUUCUCUGAACCAGUACUUGUCCAAUUCAUUUUAACCUUUUUUCGUUUCUACAUUCUUCCGUUCAUCCUAACUGAAGCGGUUAAUAAUUGCUACCUAACUUCCUUCGUUUGCCGGUCCAGCCGUCCUCUGCAACAGCUGUGAAGUUCAAGAAGGCGUGAUAAGACUUCCGAUAUAAGUCCUCCUCCACGGCAGUUGUAGAACUUAAAAGUGCUUCAGAACACUCCAAGACGUUUAAAUUUUCAAUACAAACGAUUAAUGUAGCAGCAGCAGUUGUUAAACCUAAAUCUAGUGGUAUCAGUUUUUAAUGUCAGGCCAGAGUUCUCUCCAAUGUAGGUGAAGCAAUAAAUAGAAGCUGAAACCAGUCUUUUUGUUUGCUUGAUGGAUUCUCAUCCAAAUGAAUCAAAAGCAUCAAGCAGGAUCGAUGACCGCCUAACCAGUGAUGUUGUGGUAAGGCUUAGAACACAGUAUCGUGAUCACUGGGUUUAUUGCCAUUCUCACAUCCUUGUCCGACAAAGCAAGUAUUUUGCUGAACGGUUAUCCGACACCUGGCCAGAGUGUCAAAUUCUUGACUCCCGCAACUGUGUUGAGGUUGACUGUGAAGAAAAUGACUUCGACCACACACUCCACAUCCUUCGUCUCUUGUAUCUCAGUUCAGAUUCUUCAUUUAAUGCUGAUAUUUUCCAUGGUGUUAGGACUGCCCUCGGCAUUUUACAGGCAGCCUUCAAGCUCGGCUGCCUGGAAGUUGUUACUGCAUGUGCAGAAUAUCUGGAAGCUGUCCCAUGGGAGGAAGAUGAGGAAGAGGAUAUCCUAAAAGUAAUUCCAAACAUGGGACCUGAAGUGGGACCCGUACUUGCCCGUUUACAACCUGUCAUUCCCUCUGUGAUGAUCAAACUAUUUCUCUCAGCAAUGCGAUUUGCCACCUCCUCACCUCCAGCCUCUUUGAACGAUGUAAAAAGAACAGCUCAAGAAGAGCUCGAUGACAUGUUGACUGAAGACAAAAAUGCUCCUCUAUUAACAGCUGAUAAUAAUGAGAUCAAACUAGAAGUGGUGCAAUGCAUUAAGAGACUCCACGAUAGGUUAAGCGAACUAGUAGAAUCUUUACAGUGUGAUUCUGAGGACAGCAAAAUGCUACUACUAUCAUUUAAAUCGUGUUUAUCAGAUUUGUCCUGGGCGUUUCAUAUAUUAUCAAAGAUGGGGAUUUUGAGAGAUUUUGUUCACAGAUGGACGCAGAUAUCAUUCAAAAUAUUAAAAGUGGUACAGAAGUUGAGCAAAGAAAAGGAGACCGUUUUGAUAAGAGUGAUUGUUCUUGAUGUGGCAGCAAUGGUGUUAGAUGCCAUAGCAUAUGGAAAGGUCGUUCUGCCUGCAACACAACGGCUUCACAUGACAAAGGUUUGGCUUCCAUUUGUCAGGGAAAUGAGGUCUUCGAUUGACACGACGAGUUACAAUGAUGAGUUCGGUAUGAUUGAUGAUGAGAUGUGGAUGUUAUUGGAGUCAUUAUUUGUUUCAUUGAUACUUACAUUGCCCUCUGCUGAUCAAGCAGAGAUCUUGACAGGGUGGUGGACAAAUCCAACGUAUCCAGACCUUUCCGUGGCCUUUGAAACAUGGUGUCAGAGAUCUAAGGUUGCUAGGCGAAAGAGGGAAAUGCUUGCAGGAGGUGAUGAUAGUGCAUAAAUGGAAGUCUUGGGUGGUGGGAUGGGUUCGGUCCGACUCAGGUUUUUAUGGGACUUGAAACUUUCCACAAUACUUCAGAACACAAGUCAAAUGGGCGACGAUCUAAAAGCUCCCACCAGCGAGUCUGCAACGGCACACCGCACACCAACGCCAGUUAUGGAAGACAAAAAUGCGAGACCCAAGAGAGGCAUUCUAGGAGGAGGAGGUCGGGAAGGGAAGACAUGGUGCUUUGGCAGAGCAAGCGGCAUCGAAAGGAGCGGAAAGAGAAUGAAGACCGGUGAAUGGAUUGUUGGACUGUUAAUUCUACCAUUAAUUGAAUAAUCAAUAGCAAAAUCUAGUUUGCUAUCAAUUCCUUUGUUUGAAAUGACAGAAUCAAUGCGGCAUGACAGCCAAUAUAUAUAUGCUUUUUAAAGUUUAGUUUCUUAUGUACUCCGUAUAUGUAAAUAGGAACCCAUUCAACACGUGUGAAAGAAAAUGGAUGGGGAUGCGCAUGGCCAUGAUGAGCCAUUCUACCUUCAUGCAAAACUUGGAUAAGGUGAAACAUCAAAAGCUAGUCUUGAGAUGAGCAUACAAUUGCUUAAUUGCCUCUCUCCAUCCCCAGGGGCGCCUGGAGUAAUCAGACUGAAAUUCAGUCCAUUGAGUUUCGAACUCGAGACCUCCUGUAAAGGAGAGUGAGUCGGCGACCAGCUAGGCUGGACCGGGCUAUGUAUACGAUAUUAU